CCGCCCAAGCCUCAGUUUCCCGGCUGGCACGGGGCGUGGUGUGGGCGGGGCUCAGCUCAGGCCACGCGGGGCGGAGCCCGGGAGCUGACGUGACACCCCGCCUCCCGGGCCAGAACUGGUCGCCUUCUCAGUAGCCUCCGGCCCCGCUGCUUCUCAAGUGCCCUGCGCCUGAGGCUCGGACCCGAGGUCGACGCCGGGCGCCCUUUCUCCUGCCCGCCAUGGCUGCGCCUCGCGCGCCCCGCGCUCUGUCGGCCGCCGCGCCCGGGUCCGGGAAGGCCAAACUGACGCACCCCGGGAAGGCGAUCCUAGCAGGCGGCCUGGCCGGAGGCAUCGAAAUCUGCAUCACCUUCCCGACCGAAUACGUGAAGACGCAGCUGCAGCUAGAUGAACGCGCGAACCCACCGCGGUACCGGGGCAUCGGGGACUGCGUGCGGCAAACUGUCCGCAGCCAUGGCGUCCUGGGCCUGUACCGCGGCCUCAGCUCGUUGCUCUACGGCUCCAUCCCCAAGGCAGCUGUCAGGUUUGGGAUGUUCGAGUUCCUCAGCAACCACAUGAGGGAUGCCCAAGGUAGGCUCGACAGCAGGAGAGGACUAUUGUGCGGUCUGGGUGCCGGCGUGGCAGAAGCAGUGAUAGUCGUGUGCCCCAUGGAGACCAUCAAGGUGAAGUUCAUCCAUGACCAGACUUCCUCCAGCCCCAAGUACCGAGGAUUUUUCCACGGGGUUAGAGAGAUUGUUCGGGAACAAGGGCUAAAGGGGACAUACCAAGGCCUCACAGCUACCGUACUGAAGCAGGGCUCAAACCAAGCCAUCCGGUUCUUCGUCAUGACUUCCCUACGCAACUGGUACCAAGGAGACAACCACAACAAGCCUAUGAACCCGCUGAUCACAGGGGUCUUUGGAGCUGUUGCGGGUGCAGCCAGUGUCUUUGGGAAUACACCCUUGGAUGUGAUCAAGACCAGGAUGCAGGGCCUGGAGGCACACAAAUACCGGAACACCCUGGACUGUGGCUUAAAGAUCCUGAAGAAUGAGGGGCCCAAGGCAUUCUACAAGGGCACUGUUCCCCGGCUGGGCCGCGUCUGCCUUGAUGUGGCCAUCGUAUUCAUCAUCUAUGAUGAAGUGGUGAAGCUGCUCAAUAAGGUGUGGAAGACGGACUAACCUGGAGGUGCAGUGGGGUGCCCAGCUCCUCCAGUCCAGACCCCGCCACCUACUCUGAUGAUUCCAGUGCAGGAGUGCCAAAAGGCCCCUUCCUUUGUCCCUCAAGUUCUGUGGCCUGGUGUGUCAUAGUGACUAUCAUGUGUUCCAUAGUUCUGUACCUCCCAUGUGGUCUGUGUGUAACACUGCUAUUGUAUAUGUGCCCAGCCAUGGCUGGGUGUCUCUCUAGCCUGUGAAUAUGUGCUCACUUAUCCACGUGCUUGCUUGUGAGCCAUGUGCCUGUUUCAUGUUCUAUGUCAUGUGACCCUGUGCCCCACUUCCUGGGGUGCCUAUGUGCCCUGGUCUAUGGCCUUGGAGUCAUGGUCAGGUCACAGUCCGGUGCCUUCCUUCCCCUAUGGCAAGGGCGCCCUGCCCUGGCCUACCACAGCUGCCUCCGGGCUUCGGCCUGGCUUCACCGCAUUCCAGGGGCUAUAGGCCCCCCUGCUUCCCCGCCAUUGGCCUUAAAUGGCCCUCGGGCCCUCCCUCUGCCCGGAACAGGGUGGCACCCGCCACUCUCAGGACCACCUUGCCAAGGAGAAUAAACCGGAUCCUGUUGCA